CCCUACCACGCCCGACUGUUCACCUCUCUCUCUCCCUCUGCUCAACCCUCCUCAGAUCCACCCGCUGCUGCUCCUCGAAUCCGCCCGUCGCUCCCCUUCCCAGCGCGAGGGCAGCCUUCGCAUCGUCCUCCUCCCUCCCCUCUAAGGCGACCUCCAUCUUGGCGACUGGCGUGGACUACGACGACCGCCAUCCCCAACGGCUUCGUCCAAUGCCCACCGAAGGUUAAGCAAUGAUAGUGGACUUUAUUGACCUGUCCAGUGAUGAUGAUAAGGUGGUUGCACAAUAUGUUGACUUGAUUAGUGACGAGGAUGAUUUUGAAGGAGAGCAUCUUGCUUAUGGACAAGGUGAUGCUGCUCAGAGCAUAACAUUUCUUAAACAGGAGUUCGUUGCAGAUGAUGGACAAGCUGAAGCUGCCCAGUGCACAGGGACAUUACAGAUGCAAGAACUUGGAGCAUAUGAUGGACAAGCCAAUGCUGCCCGGAGCACUGCAAUAUUACAGAUGCAAGAAGUAAGAGCAGAUGAUGGACAAGCCAAUGCUGCCCAGAGCACAAAUACUAUGCAAGAACUUACUGUAGAUGAUGGGCAAGGCGAUGCUGCCCAGGGCACAGCGACAUUACAGGUGCUGGCUCAGAAGACAAAGGAGGCGGAGAUCACGGAACAAAAUUUGCUUCCUCAAGCCAUCAAAACCAAUGCAGAGCAUACUGAAUCUGUGCGCAAAGACCUUCUGAGAGUCCAUGAAAUGAGAGAUGGCUCCAUGACAGGUUGCCUCCACUCAGUUGGGUCUGAUCUUACUUGUUCCUGGGAGCUUCCAGAGCAGAAUGUGUCCAUGCAGAGCAGCCAGGAAGCUGCGGCAGUGGACAAGGAUCCCAGGACUCCUACAAGUGUGCGUGAGCCGGCUGUGCCUGUUUGUUCCCUGGAGAGUGGAGUGCUUGAACAGGGAAUCAAAAAGUCCAUAACUGGUGCUGAUGAGAUGCAAUCUACCCAGGAUAAGCAGUCAUCCAGUGGAGCUGGCAAAUGGGUGGUUAGUAAAACAGAGAGCGGUGCUGCAGUGACCGACCCUCUGGGUGGCUCGAUCCCGAAGAGGCUGAGGACUGCAGGCUCUGUUGUAGCAGGUGCUGGCUGGGCCUCAACAGUUGAGGAGUUGGUGCAGCAGGCGGCCGGGCGUCUGGUGCAGCAGGCGAAGGCGGGCAACGCCAGUGCCGGCAUGGUCGUGGAUGCUGUGUUGGAGCUAUUGAGUGACGCGUUGGGUGUGGCAUCUCCGCCGGCUGGGUCCUCGGACACGGCGGUGGUGAUGGCGCUGGGCGCCGUGUACAAGCAGCUGACAAUGGAGAGGCUCAACGAGGAAGUCGCAGUGGAGACGGCGAGGGACCUGUAGCUCGCUGCCUGUCGUGCGCGUCCGGCCUGUGCAAUGGGACGGGAAUGCAAUAUUUUGUUGAGCGUUGGAAUGUGCAUUGUGCCUGUACCUGUCAGAGCUUACUUUUGUCGUUUGGCUGGAAAUGCGAUCUCAUGUAGUAUGAUCCAGUAGUGGAAUUAGGUAGGUUUAGUCCUUCUGUUGAUCCAUAGUCAGACAUCUCUACCCUAAUCAAUGUCUAAUAAUGCAUUACUCUAUUCAUAAUUCAUUGUGCCAUUAACAA